AUGGUUCGGGAUCGCCUCUCUCCGUACAUGGAGGCUAAGGGCCUCUUUGCAGACACUAUGUUUGGUUUCCGCCCGUAUAUGUCUGCACAAGACGUCCUCCUCCAACUACAUCGCGACAUAAUACGACCCACAGCCAUGCGCCACAACGACAAGGCCAUCCUUGCCCUCAAUCUUAGGGGGGCCUUUGACAACGUUCGUCACGGCAGCAUCCUGGCAAACCUGAGCACCACGGAUUGCGGGCACAAGGCAUUCGCCUACGUCAGAGAUUUCCUCUCGAAGCGUCAGGCCCUCCUUAAGAUCGAGGACGAGGAAUAUGGCCCACACACCAUGGGCACACGGGGCACUCCCCAAGGAGCGGUCUUGUCGCCACUCCUUUUCAACAUUGCCAUGAUGCAGCUGCCACAACAAUUGGCCCGGGUGGAAGGCAUCCAACACGCACUUUACGCGGAUGACAUAACAAUUUGGACUACCGAAGGGAGCGUCGAUAGCUAUGCUAUUUACUGUGGUCCCCAAUGCGCUCCUGCGAAAUCGGAACUUCUUCACAUUAAAACCAAUCCCAAAGACAACACGUGUUUGCGUCUCUUUCUGAUGGGAGGUCCUAUUAGAGAGGUCGAGGAGAUCCGGAUCCUGGGUCUGUUCAUCCAUCACAGACUCAGCCCGGAAUCCACUAUCGACAAACUCAAACGCAUAGGCGAACAGGUUGUGGACGUAUGA